CUUUCCCUAUCUAUGUGCACUCUUAUCCCACUGUUCUAUUUUUUUCAUUUGUAUUAACCCUUUCUCAACUUUUUCUGAAUUUCUAGGCCUUCUCUUCCGAGAACUGGUGGGACACAAGUGUUACUCUGUAAGCAGCCACGAUGUUGAGAAACAAACCACAUUUCUCCUUGGGGAGGCUGAUAGCAGUUUAAAAGGUUUGUUGUGGCGAGUGUCAGAAACAUUCCCAACUCUGUCACCAACCCUUUCCUUCCACCUGUACCACUGGAGACCACUUAGACACCGAGGUGGACGUGACAGCUGAGUUCAGGAAACCAUGCAUCAUGUCAGCAGAAGCCAACUGCAGACUUUAAACUCUGUUCAACAUGUGGAUGUGGCAGAGAAAUGACCUGUCCAGACAAGCCAGGGCAACUUAUAAACUGGUUCUUCUGCUCCCUGUGUGUCCCGCGGCUGUGUAAACUCUGGAGCAGCCGGCGUCCCAGGACCCGGAGGAACCUCCUGCUGGGUACUGCCUGCGCCAUCUACUUGGGCUUUCUGGUGAGCCAGGUGGGGAGGGCCUCAAUCCAGCAAGGACAGGCAGCCGAAAAGGGGCCACACCACAGCCGCGACCCCGCAGAGGCGUCCUUCCCUGAGAUACCCCUGGAUGGAACCCUGGCCCCUCCUGAGUCCCAGGGUAAUGAGACCACCCUGCAGCCCAAUGUGGUGUACAUUACCCUACGCUCCAAGCGCAUCAAGCCUGCCAAUAUCCGUGGCACGGUGAAACCGAAGCGCAGGAAGAAGUAUGCGCUGGCAUCUGCGGCCCCGGGACAGGAGGCCCUGGCUGGACCAUCCCUUCAGCCGCAGGAAGAUUCAAGGGCAGCUGAUGCUGCAGUGCCUGGGUACACUCCAGGAGGAAACCCAGCCAAGGUUGGAGAGCAGCCGUGGAGGUUGGUGAGGGGUCGGGCAGUGAGAGCUGCGGGCUCAGACAUCCAGCUGCCCAAGGCCAGGGAGAGCAACAUCAGGAUCUACAGCGAGAGCGCCCCCUCCUGGCUGAGCAAAGAUGACAUCCGCAGAAUGCGCCUGUUGGCUGACGGGGCAGUGGCAGGCCCCCAGCCAGUGCCUUCCAAGAGCGGUGCCCGCUUGUUGGUGCUGGAGGAGAGCGCCACUGGCUCUGUGCCCCACUGUGGCCCUAGUCCCUGUGGGCUGCUCAAGCAGCCCUUGGACAUGAGUGAGGUGUUUGCCUUCCACCUGGACAGGAUUCUGGGACUCAACAGGACCCUGCCUUCUGUGAGCAGGAAAUCAGAGUUCAUCCAAGGUAACAGAUUCACGUGCUUCAUUACUUGCAGCUGUUCGGGAUUCAGGUUCAUUUUCUCUUUUCCUUCUCUC